UCACGUACAGUGAUGAGCACUUCGCCCCAGGCUCCCAUUCUGGGCAUCACCCCCAGGAUGCCAACAACAAACAAGUUUGUCUAGGAAUGCAGAGGCAUCACCCUGGACCAGACAUGCCCAACUUCUACUCCCUGUCUCCUGGAGGAGUGGGGCAAAUCACGCCACCGCUGGGAUGGUUCUCACACCACAUGGUGCCCGGCCCCCCAGGUCCCCACGCCACAGGGAUCCCCCACCCGGCCAUCGUCAACCCACAGGUCAAACAUGAGCCUCUGCAUGAAACAGAUCUCAUGCACAUUCUUUACAGGAAACCCCAGCACGAACAGAGGAAGGAGCAGGAGCCUAAAAGACCGCACAUCAAGAAGCCACUAAACGCCUUCAUGCUCUACAUGAAAGAAAUGCGUGCGAAUGUGGUCGCCGAGUGCACGCUGAAGGAGAGUGCUGCCAUCAAUCAGAUCCUGGGGCGAAGGUGGCAUGCUUUAUCUCGGGAAGAGCAAGCUAAGUAUUAUGAGUUAGCCCGCAAGGAACGGCAGCUCCACAUGCAGCUCUACCCAGGCUGGUCUGCUCGAGACAAUUAUGGAAAGAAGAAGAAGCGGAAGAGGGAGAAGAUGCAGGAAACAGCCACAGGUACAGGCCAGAGAAUGAAAACGGCGUACAUCUGAGAAAAAUGGAGGAAAACGUAACAAUUUCUCCACAUGCAAAGCAAAGGCAGCAGCUACGGGCCCUCUGCUAGAGAUGGAGGCCUGUUAGAUUCCAUGAAGACCCUUAAAUCUCCAAACUGACGCCUCCAGUUCUCAGAGGACCCCUCCCCUCCCUCUGACCCCACCCACACAUCCCUCCCAACCCCACCUAACCUUAUUCCCUCUCCUUCAGCACAAUCACAUGCCCCCACCACCACCACCAAAAUUACUUCACUGUUUGAUUCUACUCCCUUCCUGAAGGCGCCUGCUGUAGACACUGAACUGAACAAGACAAUCAUGAUUAGUAAGGAGCACCCUCACACAACCACGUUCUCACCGAAACUCCAGAUAACAUCAAAUUUGACGUCUGUGUUUUGUCAGUUUCCUUUACAAUCAGCUUUACUGCAAUCCAAGGCACUGCACUGAAAAACGGCAGCAAUUUUGAUGUGCGCACAAACUUCACCACUGCACCGCCCGAACACCUUUUUCUACGUUACUGUAAUUUAUUUGUCACCUCGGUUCCUUUUGUAUAGUUCACCCCCCCUCCCCCAAUGUCUGUCUCUCUCUCUCCCGGAUUUUUGAGACCAUUUGGGAUUUCGCCCGACCGACCAAACACCUCUUUUUAGACUGCACUAAGGAAGAUGGAGUGAUCUCAUCUCGUCUAAGAAACGUCCUCAAGAUGCCAUUUUAGCUUGUUGCUGACCAGUUGGUGCAAAAAAGGAUCAACAUUUUGAUUUGCUUUUCAUUUCAGACUGAGUUUUAUUUUAUUUUGAAUGCUUUUUUUGUAUCUUGAACCCUUGUUUCAAUUUCUCGGUGUAUAUUUUAGUGAUUUUUGUUUUUUUAAAUAUUGUUUUUUUUUAUAUAUAUAGUGGUAUAUAUGAAAAUAAGCUUUGGACACAGGAAAGCCAUUUUUCUUGUUGAAGCGUCUUGCAGAAAAUUGAAACUUAAGGCUUCUUUUGAUAACUAUUUGUAACAAAUAGUGACCUCGAGUCUUGCUCAGAUGUAAAAUAAUGCUCAGUAUGUGUACUUUUUAAAACUGUCAGGAUAUGUCACUUUUCUUGGUAUUUUUGCAGGCAACAUUAGGACAAAGGCGAGAGUGGUAGCUCAGAGGCCUAUAUUUAUUGUUCUAAAACAUGACAAAUGAAGCAGAUAUAUAUAUUUACCCCAGCACUUGGCAGUCUUUCUUUUAUUGCAAUGGACCUUUGUCUUUUUCUCUCUGGUAGCUAAUAGUGUGGUCUUUAGCCAUGUUGUUUAUUCCAUGCAAGCAUCUCUGUAACAUUUUGAUUUUAAUGCUCUAUUUUAGUAUUACUUGAUGAAUUCCUUUUCUUUUAUUAUCAUAUUUUGGGUCACUGUCAUCUUGGUAUAGCAUUUUGCUUCCCAAGUGGUCAUAUUUGAACUGUUUCAACAUGUUUUUGUUUUUUGUAAGAAAAAUAAAAAGGCACCAUUGGCUCAUUUGAUCACUUGUGUGGUGUAAAGACCAGAGCUAGAUGUGCCAGAUGUAA